AUGUGUAGGCACCCUAAUUUAAUACCUGCCAAAUACUUGAUGAAGUAUUUAUCUAGUACUUAUACUGUAUUUCAGUUUCGUGUCUAUUUACGUCCAUCCGCAAACGAAUUUGGAAGGUGGAAUGGGCAAUCGAAGACCAGGGAUAUUCUGAAUAUUCCAAAUUUGACUAACACAAAACGACAAGCGCAUCUUAAAGCGAAAACGACAAAAAAUGGCACAUUAGUACAAAAUCGUGUUCAUAUCAAUGUGUCGGGCGGACAUUUCGAGACACACAGAUCAACAUUGGAGUUAUAUCCAAAUACACUAUUGGGUAACAGCAAAAAACUGAAACCGUAUUACGACAAAGCUCGUAAUGAAUAUUUUUUUGAUCGUCAUCAGGGUUCGUUUCAUUCAAUAUUGUAUUAUUAUCAGUCACAAGGACGCCUCAGACGACCACAGGCCGUUCCAUUAGACACAUUUUUAGACGAAGUAACAUUUUUUGAAUUGGGUUUGGAAGCAUUACAACAAGUACGAACUGAUGAGAACCUUAAAGAAGCAAGAAAAAUUCACUUACCUCGAAAUCGUUUACGCCGACAUUUGUGGGCAAAUAUGGAGUAUCCACAAUAUUCCUUCUCGGCAAAAAUUAUUAAUAUUGUCUCGAUCUCGAUGAUCUUGUUAUCGUGUAUUGCUCUUGCUCUAGAAACAUUACCACAAUAUAAUGGUUUGUACGACAAUAUUUGCACUGAUGAAUAUGAAAGUUUGAGGAAUGAAUCGUUAAAACUUAAUAUAACAAAAAUAUCGUAUCCGAUAUGUUCUGCAUUAUUUUAUUCACCGUUUUUUAUUAUUCAAACAAUUUCGGUGUUUUUCUUCACGUUAGAAUUUCUAAUUCGUCUUGUUAGUACACCAUCCUAUUGGGAUUUUAUUAAAAGUAUUCUCAAUUGGAUUGAUCUGAUAGCUAUUAUACCGUAUUACGUUACAUUAGGAAUAAAUUUACGCGCUACACAAGAUGACAUUGAUACGUCCACAUAUGUUGGCUUAAGACUAUUGAGAAUAUUACGUUUUGCACGUGUAUUCAAAAUAUAUCGUGCAUUUCGAGCCUUCAAAUCAUUAAGAAUUCUAGCAGCAGCUACCAAAGAAUCACUACCUGAUUUUCUUAUUAUGAUAGCGAUAUUGACACUGCUAGCAUUUCUGUUUGGGGCGGCUGUUUAUUUUGCUGAAAAUGCGACGAAUGGCGAAAUGUUUGAUAGUAUUCCAAAAGCUACGUAUUGGGGUAUCAUUACAAUAACAUCAACUGGAUAUGGUGAUUUGUAUCCAAUAACGGCUGCCGGUCGUAUACUAGCGUGCUUGUGUGCUUUCUCUGGUACAGCAACAAUCGGAAUGCUUGCCUCGGUAUUGGUUGAUCGAUAUCAACGUGUAUAUACAAGAAAAUUAUAUAUCAAAGAGACUUCGGAUGAGAUUGAGUUUAACGAUUAUUCGGAUGAUGAUGACAAAACUCAUUCAGAUCUAGAAUCAGAAUGGCAUAGUCAAUUGAAGAAUAAUGUGGACGCUUCUGAUCCAGAUGCACGUGCAAGAAUAGAGGAAAAUACUAGGAAAUCUGGUGCCAAGGAGAAUGGUGGCUUUGAUGAAGACCCACGUGAAGUCGAAGACGAGUCAAAAGAAGCGCUUUCAGAUGAGAACGGUUUAAUUAAGAAAAAUUUAAGCGUUUGUUUCUCAAUGACAUACAUGGAUGAUGGUCAGGAAAACGAUGAUCCAUCAGAAGAAAUAAUUGAAAAACUAUCUGAAAUGGUUUAUGAAAAACGUUUGAAUGGAACAGAUAUUAGUUUGAGUUUGAUAAAAAAUAAUGACAAUGAACACCAAACAGUAAAAUUCAAAGUUGAAUCACCAACCACCUCGGACGAAUCCUUUCCAAUUGAUAGUUGA